GCUGUAGCUCGUUUGCAGCUCUUGCUCCCACUGCUUGUGUGCUAUUUGCUGAAUCCGCCAGCUGUCUCCCGCUUUGCGCUGAAAGACCCUGUGCGUUGCCUUCUCCUGUGCCGGGUCCUUGGCACGCGCUAUACUGCUUCCGGGUGUUCUGGUUCGGAGAGCUCCAGCUCGCGUCACUCAAAAGUACGAUUAUUGUGCUUCACUCACCGCGAGGAGCACUAUUCACCCUCCUCACCUGAGGCGGCUCCUCACUUUUAUUGUCCCUGCCGCUCUUGCACUCCUGAACUCCCCAUGACCCGCACGCUUGCCAGUUGUUCUUUCCCCCUUGUUCACCGACAUACCAAGUCUCGCGACCUCGCCUGAACACAACUGUCAUCAUGGCGCCCCGCAGAUCGCGAGCCAACUCCCCCGAGUUCCCCAUUCUGGAGGCCAAUGCCUUGUAUGCGGGGGAUAUCAAGGGCGAUGGCAACUGCCUGUUCAAUGCCCUUUCCGAUCAGCUCUACGGCUCCCAAGACAUGCACGAGGUACUUCGCACAUACACCAUCGAGCACAUGAAGCAGCACUCGGGCUUCUACCGCCAGUACAUGGCUGUGAACAACGUUCGCCGAAACCCCAAACGCAAGACGACCGCCGCCUUGUCCACGACCAUCGAGCCUUCUGCUUAUACCGAAGAGGAGCUGCAGAGGCAGUUCGAGCUCCAUGUUGAGAAGAUGGGCCAACCCGGCGAGUGGGCUGACAACAUGGAAGUCUCGGCUUUUGCAUCCGCCUUUCAUGUUCAUGUUCGCCUCUGGCAAGCUGACUUCACCAUCCUCAUCUCUCCGAGUUUCGACUACCAAUAUGAGGAGCCUGGGGCUGUUGAUGACCGCCAGACCCUCCACAUUGCUUAUCACACCUGGGAGCACUACUCAUCUGUCCGCAAUAACGCUGGACCCCACACUGGCGUACCUGAUGUCACAGUAGUCCCACUGCAGACAUCCUUGCGGAAGCGCCCCAGCCCCAGUGUCUCGGGAAGUGAUGAAGACGAGAUCCCGCGUGCUCGGAAGCGUCGAUCUCCUCUUCCGCUCUUCGACUCAGACUCAACACCUGAGGGUACGGAGAGCUCUUCCGACGAGUCCAACGGGCCGGUGCUAUCGCAGACGCAUCUUGAUCUCCCUGACUCGGCACAAGCAGCGAAGCCACAAAAGCUUACCAUCAAGCUGCGAUGUCUGCGGACCACUGACUCCGUCGAACCUGGCGAGCCUGUCGAGCCUCUUACAGCUAUCCCACCGCCCACAAUCACCCCUCCCUCACCUCUACCGCCCCCACAAACACCACCACCUGCUGCUUCAGAGACACCCUCAGAACCUGCGCUUACCACGCCUUCCGCAACUACAACGACAGCGACGGCCGCAUGAGACGAUGAUCUAAACUCAUGUGCGUGACAGAAACACGCACCCUUACUCACGACGAUACCCCAUUAACCUAUCUUGCAUAGCUUAGGCGCAUUUUGUUUUUCACUUGACCCUACGCUUUCGCGAGGGUUGUUCCUUCCAGUUGCAUAGCAUACGAGCAUGGGACACGGUAUUUGUAUGGCCUAGGAUCUCAGCUUUGACGAUGGAUUACACUGCAUGACCGGUCAGGACGAGCAGGGCACCAAAGUGCUUGGGUCUUGCGUCCUUGAAUCUGGCUUGGCGUUAGUGGCUUAUUGAUUGAUUAUUCUCUUCGCGAUGACGAAUACGGUGAAGAGACAGGUAGC